UUUACGCGUCGUCUCCUUACGCCGGAAGUCAGCACAGGAAGGCAAGAUGGGCACUCGUUUGAAGGUUCUGAGCGUUUUUAAAACGCUGCACAGGACCAGGAUGGCUGUGUUCAAAGAUGAUGGCAGAGCACUGACAGCUGCAAGAUUAAAGAUCAACGAGGAGUUUCGCAAAAAUAAAAAUGAAGCGUCUGAAGAAAACAUCCAGAAGCUGAUUAAAAUGGGAUUAGAUGUGGAAGCCGUCCUCCGACAGACUGUGGUACAAAUGGAACAUGUAGGAGAAAAUAAGCUGUUGCUUCGACCCAGAAAGGACCUUCUACUAGAAAAUGUCCCCUAUUGUGACCAACCAAGGGAAAAGUCAUGACAGACCAUCUGAUUGUUCACCAGGAAAGACUUUGUCCUUUAUUGCGUUCAAUCUGCAGUUUGAAUUUAUAAAACCAACAUGUGAAGUAGUUCUUUUAAAAACUCAACACUUAAAGAUCAUCUCUGCAUGAAGAAAUGUCCACUUUUGAUUCAGUGAGGAUCUGCUUCAUUCUGUUUCAAGGAAUCGGUGCUGGAAACUGGAUGCUAUAAUUUCAUGUGUAGCAUUUUAGAUUUUCUGUAGCCAGCAAAUAAUGAUUGAGUCAAACAAGGGGAAAAUAAUAUUUUUACUGGUACUGGGAAAUAAAAUGUUAACUGUGGUCUGAUUAACUACAUGUAUUUCCAGAGUGUCCCGGACUUAAUUUAAUUUGUUGUUCAAACGACCAACAAAAUGAUAGAUGGCUCUAACAGCUCUGGGCAUGAGAAUCAGAAUCCACAAAAUGGAUCUCAGCAUCAGCUGUCAAAAACACUGAACAUGUUUUAUUGGAUUGUUUGUGUUUGCCUCUGAGUGUGAAAUGUGUCAGUAAUAAAAUUAUGACUGG